AGAUAAUUAUUCACUUGAGCAAAUAUGCAAAUAAAAGAUGAGUAAACUGUUAUCGUUCAAUCAGCAGAAAAACAAGGAGCCGUGGUUCCCCAACAUCCGCCAUUCAGAGCUGAGCCUGCCCACGGCCUCUGUGUGUAAUCCUAUUAAAUCAGUUAGGUACAACAGCAACAAAAGCAAUCAUUGAUGUAAUCAUGAGACCGGUGCAGGUCUCAGAUUAGACCAUUGAUGUCAUGUCAGGCAAACAGUUGAGCAGCGCCUUUUCUUUCCUUGUUAUUUAAAAAAAAACAACAACGCAUCGUUGAGACAAAGCGACAUCAGUCCAGAAGUGCAGAGACGCUGCAGGAGCGGUGCCCGAUGUGAAGCGACAGAGGAGCAGAGUCAACCCACUCAGAGGAUUAGUGUACACAUGUCCCGGCAGCAGCAACACUGUCCGACUUGGUAAAGCUCCUCAGCUUGUCUCUGGUGGAGGUUUGGUGCUGGUGGGUGGGUCAGUUACAGAUCGCUCGCUCAUUCACUUCCUCGGCCUGCAUGCGCGCUUCGGCUGGUGGCUUGUCACAGUGGACUGUCAGCAGGGGGCUGCCAACAAGAUGCCAGGCGAUGGGUUCACCAUUAAAAGUCGCAUCAGGAAUUUGCUGCGUUCUCCCUCAACCAAGCACAAGAGGAGCAGGAGAGAAAAUCUCACCAGCAAGGUGACUUUGGAGAAGGUUCUGGGCAUCACUGCCUCAGGAAACAGUGGUCUGACCUGUGACCCCCGAUCCGGACUCGUGGCCUACCCUGCAGGCUGUGUGGUCGUCUUGCUGAACCCCAAAAAGAACAGACAGCACCACAUUAUCAACACCUCGAGAAAGACCAUCACAGCUCUGUCCUUCUCCCCUGACGGCAAGUACUUGGUCACAGGAGAGAGCGGUCACCUGCCAGCGGUGAGACUGUGGGACGUGGCCGAACGGAGACAGGUGGCGGAGCUCCAGAAGCACAAGUAUGGCGUCUCGUGCGUGGCUUUCUCCCCCAACGGCAAAUACAUCGUCAGUGUGGGAAACCAAUAUGACAUGCUGGUCAACGUCUGGGCGUGGAAGAAAGACGUCGUUGUAGCGGCCAACAAGGUGUCCAGUAAAGUGACGGGCGUGUCUUUCUCUGAGGACAGCUCCUACUUUGUAACUGUGGGGAACAGACAUGUCAAGUUCUGGUAUCUGGAUCACUGCAAGGCCAGCAAGGCCAGUGCUCCUGUCCCUCUGCUGGGCCGCUCGGGGCUGCUGGGGGAGCUGAGGAACAACUUUUUCUGCGAUGUUGCCUGUGGGCGGGGCCCCAAAUCUGACUCCACCUUCUGCAUCACCUCCUCUGGCCUGCUGUGUGAGUUUAACAGCAAGAGGAUGCUGGACAAAUGGGUGGACCUACGGACGAGCGUGGCCCAGUCUCUGUCUCUGUCUGAGGAUAUGAUCUUCUGUGGCUGCGCUGAUGGAACGGUGCGAGCCUUCAGUCCCGUUGACCUGCACUUUGUCUGCACGCUGCCGCGGCCGCACCCCCUCGGCACUGACGUCACAGCUGUUACCGAGGCCAGCCACCUAUUUUCCACCAAGACAGAUGUCCGUUACCCAGCUGCCAUUGCUGUUACCUAUGACCCCAUCAGCCACUGGCUCAGCUGUGUGUAUAACGACCACAGUCUGUAUGUGUGGGAUGUGAGAGAUGUCAGCAGGGUGGGGAAGGUGCACUCUGCCCUCUUCCACGCUGCUUGUGUCUGGGACCUGGAGGUGUUCCCAGAUGUUCCUGGGGAACUGGGUGCUGGUUUGUCAUCAGGCGUGUUCCUUAGCUGCUCAGCUGAUAACACCAUCAGACUGUGGCGCAUGGAUGACUGGUCUCAAACUCGAGUUCAUUUUCAGAACAUCCUCUGCAGUGAUCUCUUGAAUAUAAUCUACAUAGAUGGAAACACCGCUACAUUACUGGAUCCGGAAUCUAUGGCAAAUGUGAAUGCAGAUAAAUCCGGGGAUGGACAGACAACAGAAAGCAGGGCGGGCAUCAGGACCAUCUGUGUCAGUCCUGACGGCAAACACCUGGCAUCUGGAGACCGCAACGGGAUGCUGAGGGUUCAUGACCUCAGCAGCAUGGAGGAGAUUCUGAAAGUGGAGGCCCAUGAUGCUGAGAUACUCUGUCUCGAGUACAGUGAUCCAGGAACAGGCCUGAAGCUGCUGGCUACAGCGAGCAGGGACCGUCUGAUCCAUGUGUUGGAUGCUGAGGAUGACUACAGUCUGGUGCAGACACUCGACGAACACUCUUCAUCCAUAACAGCCGUCCGCUUUGCUGCCAAUGACAACAAAGUGAGGAUGAUCAGCUGUGGGGCAGACAAGAGCAUCUAUUUCCGCACCGCACACAAGACUGACAGAGGAACAGAGUUCAGGCGCUCUCACCACAUGGUGAGGAAGACCACGCUGUACGACAUGGGUGUGGACCCCACUUGCAAGUACGCUGCCGUCGGCUGCCAAGACCGCUGCAUCAGGAUUUUUAACAUCAGCAGUGGCAAACAGAAGAAACUCUACAAAGGCUCACUGAGUGAAGAUGGAAGUUUGCUCAGGGUGCAGAUCGAUCCUUCAGGUCAAUACGUGGCCACAAGCUGCUCCAAUAAAAACAUCAGCAUCUUUGACUUCUACACUGGAGAGUGUGUCGCCACAAUGUUUGGGCACUCUGAGAUUGUCACUGGGAUGAAGUUUACCAACGACUGCAAGCAUUUGAUUUCUGUGUCAGGUGACAGCUGUAUCUUUGUGUGGCGCCUGGCUCCAGAGCUGACAAUCAGCAUGAGAGAGAGGCUGUGCCAACUCAGACAAAACCCAAACACGCCACCCUGCAAGACCUCCAGUCUCAGGCGGGAGGCGUACAGCGCCCCCACCCUGGGUGGUUUGUCCUCGGACAGUGACCAUGAGCACGAGGGGGAGGACAGAGCAGAGACCGCCGACCCCAACGACCCCGAAGACAACUCAACCAACACUUCCUCUGACAGCAGCCAUGGAGAGGAGGACACAGGAGGCUCAGAUGAAGGACAGGACUGGGAACUGACAAAGCAUGGAGUCAUCAGCCAAGUCACCCCUGACUCUGCUAAGCGUCCUCGGAGGCGCUGGUCUCAUCGUAUGGGCUCCCUGGAGCUGAUGGUGAAAUCCAUGCUGGACCUUAGGCAGCUGGAGACCUUUGCUCACAAGAAAAACCCCAACUGCCCCCCUCACGACAGAGAGAGACAGAGCACGUCCAGCCUCCAGGAGCCCAUGCAGCAGUUGGAGGAGAGAGCCAAGAGGCAUCGGCCCUGGCCACCCACUGACUGGCUGUCCUCACACCCAUCCAAGGGCAUCAGGGGGACUGAUGGAGCUUUGCCGUACCCCGAGGAGAACGAGGGCGACACGAGUCUACAGGGCAGUGAUUACAUGAUGAAGGAGCAGCACUGCAGGACGCAAGGGCGAGGGAUCCGCAGUGAGAGCCAGGACAGCCGCAGCCCGGACAGUGCUUGCUCCUUAGGCUACGACAGCAGGGACUCCAGCCCAGAUUGUGUCCUCGAUGAUUCUGCAGAUGUGGAGUCUCUGAGCCAGGACAGCUCUGAUGAGGAGAAUGAAGAGCGAGAGGAAGAGGAGCAAAAGACAGAAGUGACGAGUAUGGACGAGGCUUUGAGGACAGUGACUGAUACCACUGACCGCAGUCAAGAGGAUUUCCUCAAGCAGAACUUUGAGACGCUGGCAGAGAGCUGCAGCACAGCUGAGCAGAGCAGAGUCCCAAGGCUCAGUAUGUCUUCACGCUUCCUGGCCAGAGGACGUAAUAACAGGGGGGUGUCUAUGUUUGCCAAAGUGCAUGGAAAAGAACAGGGCAGCCACUCUGCUAAGCCCCCCGUGUCAAAAGUGCGGCCCUUGAUGGAGGAUGGCCAGAGCGGAGACAUUGAGGAUGAGACCGCUGUGUCCCCUGGCAGAAUCGAAUCGUCAAACAGGGCAGAUGCUUCGGAGAGGAACUAUACUCCUACCCUUAGACCCCCCAAGAAGAAGACUUCAGGGUCCCACCUGUGGAGGAUGUCCAACCCUCCAUCCAAAGCUCCGCUGCUGUUCGACAGAACAUGUUUAAAGAAAUCACUCUCUGCCCAGAACCUGGCCUCAGACUCUCUUGGCUCCCCUGUGCUGUCUGACCGAAGUGCCAGAAAGGGGUUACGCAAGAGACCUCAGCAGCUUUUCCUAGAUCAUAACAUUCCCAGGCCAUCCUUCCAAUUGUCUUCACCCUCCUCUAGCUCACCACAGUCUCCCGAGUCCCCCCUCCCUUGGGAGAGUCCCAAACUCAAGCCCCAGCACUCCUACAUGAACCCCACAGCCAGCUCUAUGGCCAAAGGCAGUCGGUCCAACUCUCUGGGAGAAGGUAUCCAGAUGGGAACGCCACCGUGCUCCCCCCAAUUCCCUAAGGGCAGGAGGUCAUCUGGGGAGCUGGAGGUCGAGCUCCCACUGCUCGCCUCAUCUCCAAUCACCGCUUUCCCCUCUUCUGUCUCAUCAUCAUCGUCCAUCUUAUCGUGUCCUCUAUCAAACAGUCCCUCCCCCGCUCCUUCCCAUCCUACAGCUACAGUUUCACCCACCCCUUUUACCCAGAACGUUCCACCCUCUCGCAUCCCGCUUCCCAAGCUGCCUCUCAGCCCUCGACGCAGCCUCUGCCUAGAACUAAGUCAGAGCUCAAGUUGGUCUGGAGGUCCGGCGAGGGCUUCAACUCCGACAACAGACCCUGGAUGUGAUGUUACAGGAAACAAACAAGCACUAGGUAGACAUCUUUCUUUAAGUUUGGAUCACUCUUUGCCAAGUUCACUACCAGUGAAGCUGAGGAGAAGCUCGUCUGCUGAGAGUGCCAAGGAGCCUCGACAGGUGGCUGCAGCUAAAGAGUGCCCUCUGGUGCCCAAAGAGGCCCACACAUCGAGUGCUGACCCCAAACCAGAUCACUCCAUCACCUUGGAAACUUGUAAGCAGGCUGUUACUGAGCUUCACAACAGUCUGAGGAAAACCAUCAUGCUCUACACUACGGUUCUCCAGUGUGGCCAACAGCCCAGUGAGGAUCAACAGCAGAUGAGGGGAAUCCUGUCCGAGGCCCUGUUCACGGUCAAGACCGAGCUAGACUCUCUGCCUCAAGCCUCCUCACAGAGUGAAGGGUCCCAAGUGGACCAGGAGGUCAAAGGUGAGGGGGAGAAGGCCCUCGCUCUGCUGGAGCAGUACGCUGAGCUGCUGCUGAAGUCUGUGGAGAGGAAACUAGAUACCAAGACCUGAGGAGAUAGUCUGACUGUUAUGCGCACUGCACACCCAAUAGCACUGUGAAUUGCACAUUUGUUAUUUGCACAGAGAUCUUUUAGAACUCUUAGUUACUGAACUGUAUUGACUGAAAGUGGAUGAGAUGUCAUUAUAUUAGGAGAAAACUGAAAAAAAUAGAUGUCAGGUAUUAUGCACUGAAAUAAGAAUGAGUAAAAAAAGGUUGCCUUAUUUUUCAAAAUGCCAUAGUUUGUCUGUUUUCCCCUUUUUUAAAAUCGUAAUGAGUCGCAAAAUGUUAUGAAGGGAGACACUAGAGGGACAAUGAUGGUGAAGUCACAUGAAGAGCACAGGUAGUUGGUGAAAAGAUGUAGUUGACUAAACGCUGUGUUUUGGUUACAUAAAUCGUCCUGUGGUAUUGGGCAUUAUUUAAGUUAUAGAUAGUUAUGUUUUGGUAAAGGCUAUGAAGUCUGAAGCCCCUAUAGCGUCCCCUGGAGGCUGCAGGUUCCAUUAUUCCAUUAUCUUUACCAGUAGUGAGGCUCUUAGAAUAAAAAUCAAAAGUCCAUCCUAAGGGUGGCAUUACAGCUAUUUCCUGCCUGGUCAGUGGUGCAUCUUGCUCCAGACCAGAGUGCUGACUUCUGGACAGGACUGUAGCAUCUCCAGGCCAAUAUCAUGUGGGAAAAGAUGGUACUGUUUACAUAUUAAAAAAGAGAGGGUCAUGAGAGAGAGAGAGCAUGCUUAGGUCGGAGGGCAGAGUAAGUGGAGUUAAGGUGUGAGGACAGAAAAGAUGACACUGACGUGAAGUUAGAGGUAAGUGUCAGAUGAUGGGCCUGGAAAGAUGUUAGCCCCAGAGAUUUAGGCUUCCUGUGUCAGCCAUGUAAUUCAUACUCUUUUGCCAACAGUGUCUCCCUCAUUGCAGAAGUAGCAGUAACAUGUGCUUAUCAUUACUUAAUGUAUAUCAGACAGUAAUUCAUUUUUGUUAGCUGACGUUCCUUCUGUACAUCUCUGAGUGUUCUUGUAGCGCUGGUUUUAAUGUUCUAAUGAGAGUUUCGAUUUCUCUGAAAGAGAUUUUUCUCCUGGUUACUGUCAUACAGUUUCUAAUUACAGCACUGUCCUAUAUGGUCUCUUACAAAAAUAAACAUGGAGACGUUG